GUGAAAAAAAUUGGCCAUAAAUUUCAACUCUGCUGUUAUUAUCAUAUUUUCCCAUUACAUUUCCGCUUGUGACGACUGCUUCAAGCACAAAAUGUGGUUCCGACUUUUUGCGCUCGCCGUUGUCGUAUCCCUUACUCUUGCAAAAGGUAGCACUGCAAAAGGAAAAGGAAAACAAAACGACUUUAAGCGGCUCUACAAUAUACAAUAUCUGACGUUAGAAGAAGCCUUCGGUAGACAAAGGUCCGAACAGAGUCGAGUAUAUGGCGGAGAUUAUCUGAAUCCUUACCCUCACCCACAAAUAGGGAUGAGAGGGUGGGGUUAUAAUGGUCAAAGCAAUCCGGGUUAUAAUGGUCGGAUCAAUGUGGGUUAUUAUGGUCAGAGCAGUGCGGGUUACAAUGGUCAGAGCAAUCUGGGUUAUAAUGGUCGGAGCAAUGUGGGUUAUAAUGGCCAGAGCAAUGCGGGUUACAAUGGCCAGAGCAAUCUGGGUUAUAAUGGUCGGAGCAGUGUGGGUUAUAAUGGCCGGAGCAGUGCGGGUUAUAAUGGCCAGCGCAAUCUGGGUUAUAAUGGUCAGAGCAUUGCCGGUUAUAAUGGUUGGAGCAAUUUGGGUUAUAAUGGUCAGAGGAAAAUGAGUUAUGGUCAGAGCAAUGUCAGUGCUAGAGGUACGGGCCAUUUGGGGGGUCCGAGCAUGGAGGAGGAGAUCCUAGAUAAAUUCAAAUUGAAAUUUCACUAAGGGGCAUGAAAUCCGUGAAGUGAAGAUCUACAAGACUCCUCAACACGUCCAAUAAAGCAUGUUUUU